AUGGCCGACCUCACCAUCCGCAACCUCACCAUCACGCCCCUGGAGCUCAUCUCCAUCCAGCGCUUCCAGGGCGAGAAGAAACGCACCGGCAGCGUCGUGUCCAACGUCACCGGCGUCAUCUCCGGCUUCAUCAACGCCACCGACUUCUCCGCCCAUCACAUCCUGCCCAAGGGCGACUCGCACGAUGCUCGUGACGUCUCUUUCCACGUGGACCCCUUCCGCACCGUCCGCACCGACGUCCGCUCCGCCGAUCCCGCCGGCCGCGAGGUCCUCCGGCUGACUUUCCGGGCCGGCGACCGCCGCUAUGAGACGGACGUGCCCAGUCCUUCGCGCAAGUCGGCCGUCAUGAAGAGGAUUGAUGGUGAUGACGAUGGGGAUGAUGCUCUGGACCUUACUGUUGUCUAUGUUCCUACGGGUGCCUUUCUCGCCAUCUUCUCCUCGGCCAAGCUUCAUGCUUGGAUGAAGCAGCUGGACGAUGCCUGGCCGCUGCCCAUGCUCUCCAUCCCUGGCACUCACAACUCGCCGACAUGCCACACUGCCCUGCCCUCGGUCCGCUGCCAAUCCGUCGGCGUCCCUGAGCAGCUCCAGAACGGCGUGCGCUUCCUCGACAUCCGCGUCUCCGUCAACACGGACAACGACACCCUAGCCCUAGUCCACUCCGUCUUCCCCGUGUCCCUCACCGGCAUCAAGUACUUCCACGACAUGGUAGACGACAUCUUCCGCUUUCUCGACGCCAACCCCAGCGAGACCAUCCUCAUGAGCGUCAAGCGCGAGGGCGCCGGCCGCGGCACCGACCAGCACCUCAGCCGCUACCUCAAGGCCGGCUACGUCGACAAGCACCCGGACCGCUGGUGGACAGAGCCCCGGAUCCCGAACCUAGGUCAGGCCAGAGGCCGCAUCAUCAUCGUCCGCCGCUUCGGCCUCGACGAGGACAUGUCCCGCACAUGCUGGGACGGCCGCGGCUGGGGAAUCGACGGCCAGCACUGGCCGGACAACUGCGAGGACGGGACGUGUGAAGGCGGCCACAUCCGCGUGCAGGAUUUCUACGACGUCACCGAAAGCCAGAACAUUGAGCGAAAGAUUGACUACAGCCGCGGCCAGCUGGAGCGCUCUGCCGAGCGUGAGUUUCACGUCAUCGGGCCUGACCAUGACCAUAACCCGGAUCCUGCGCUUCUCCCCAUCUUUGUCAAUUUCCUGAGCGGCAGCAACUUCUUCAAUGCGACGUGCUGGCCCGAGAGGAUCGCGGCCAAGGUGAACCCUGCCAUUGUCGAGUAUCUCUGCAUCCGCCACGGCGAGGACGGCAAGGGGCCUAAGCAGCUCAAGGUCGGCGCGGCGAGCACCGGCAUCGUCGUCACGGAUUGGGUGGGUGCGAAUGGUGAUUGGGACCUUAUCAGGUGCAUCGUUGGCUGGAAUGCGAGGUUACAGCUCCCUUGA